GUUCUGGAUCAGAUCAGAUCAGAACAGAACAGCAGCGGCUCUUCAGUCAGCUCCUAAUCGAGGACGCAGCAGCAGGUCACAGUGACGCCCGGGGUCAGAGGCUGCUUUUAAUCCAGGAGAUGAAAGGGCAGAAGAACAGAAAGACAGCGGGGGCCGGACUGGGCCCUCUGCUGGAGGAGCCGCCCGCCGAGCCAGGCCCGCCUGGCUGCAAACGAAACAAAGGCACAAGAUGUUCAGUCUCUGGCGGUGAGCAGGUCUACCUCGGAGUUCGUGUCAGAAUGCCGGUGAGGGAUCUGCUGAAAAACAUCCGAGUGCCCAAAGACAUGGACCCCGACGACUUUAACGAAAAAGGCUCGAUAAAAGGCUCUGGAAACAGGAAGCGUGCCAGAGCCCGCUCAAAAAACAAAGUUACCAGGGCACAACACCCUGUGAAAAGCCUGGAGGAACUGGCGAUCAUCCUUGAGGUGUUGGAAGAGGACCUGAGAUCCAGCUGCAUUCCUCGCUCCCUGAUCCCAAACUCCCCUCCGUCUGAUUCCACUUCCUAUGUAAAUUCCAGUGACGAAUACGAUGAAAUCAUUCCCAGCCCAGAAUCCUACAUGGCCUCCUCUCCCACCGCCUCGGAACACGACAUGCCCUGGACCCGACCUGACUGCAUGUUUUUCAGCCUCCAGUCCUCCGGUGGAACUGAUACACAAAGCUGCAGAGACAGAGAGGAGGGCUGGUUCGAGCCUGAGAACAACUGGGAUCUGAACACUUCUGCCUUCUUCUGGACACAGCUGCAGAAAGAGGAGAGCCGGCUGAGGACGACCUCUGAUGCUGAGCUGCUGACCACCGAUGAGCACGGCAGGACACGUCUGCAUAAAGUGGUGUGUCUGGGAAAGAGAGCAGAGGCGUAUGCCAUCGCCAAAAGAAUGUGGGUGAUCAGCAGCUUGGACCUCAAAGACUCUGAUGGAAUGACUGCCCUCCUGUAUGCAGCAAAACACAACCAGCACCUCAUGGUGGCGGAUUUGAUCCGCCUGGGGGCAAACGUGAAUGAGACCAACAACCUGGGAAAGUCCUGCCUGCACCUGAGUGCUGAGAAUGGCUACAUCAGAGUGUUAGAGGUUUUAAAACAAGCAAUGAUGGAUGGGCUGUAUAUUGAUGUGGAAGCCACUGAUAACUCUGGGAUGAGUGUCCUCCAGUGUGCCGCUGUGGCUCUGAAGGCCAGCAUGAGUGAGGUGGACAGCAGCAUGUCUCUGAGUCCCAGCAGACUUCACACUCUGCGCCAGGAGCACAUGAUGGAGACACUUAAGUGUGUCCUGCAGAUGGACAGCUUCCUGCAUGCUGCUGCCAGCUGGUCUGCUACAGAUCCAGAGUACACUGUACAAAGCUGGCUGAACAGCCAGCAUGUUUGCCCUGCAGGGCAUUUUGGAACCCCGACAGUAAUGUUCUGAGUUUGUUCAGGCUUGACUUCAGUCAGAGAGACUACAAAUAUUUAGUUUCUCGCUCAAGUACAAGUUCAGGUCUGUUCUGUAUGUGAAGCAUCUGUUAGGCUGUGUGUGGUUGCAGGUAUCUGGCUUGUAGUCAGUCCUGGACUAAAGCCAGCACAGAAAAAUCAGAUGCACCUUCACUGGUUUCUGUGAAACUUCCAUUGUUUGUUACAGUUUAGUAACAAGUUGCCUCUUAACAACUGCAUCCCUGCAGACUCCAAAGUGAAAUCUUUUGGCUUAACUUAAAGUAUGGUAGUGUGAUUGUGCCUUUCCAGCAUAUUUCUUCAGAAUGAUUAUGAAGUUCUGUAAAAGAAUGUUUGAGUCUUUGUUAGCAUGUCUCCAUCAACGUCUUUUUACGCAUAUUUUGAGGUAUUUCAUUAAAAAAACUUUGACGGAAACAGCAAAAUUUUAAAAACACUUCAUUUUUGGGAAAAAAAAGAGUUAAGGGGGCAGUGUUACAUAAAAUCUACCUUUUUAGCUUUACAUCAUGUUAUAAUGUUAUUGUGUUUCCUCAAUUCCUUCAUGCAUGUUUGAGAAAUCCUCUAAUCUCAUUGGAACCAUUAAGCUGUGCAGAACAUCUGGACUUAGCUCCGCCUUCGAGGCGCAGCUCCUCCUCCUAGCUACAGUUUCCAUGCUACCGAGCUUCUGCCUUACAGAGCAGCCCACCCCACUCAGCUCCUUCAGACUAGUCAGCAGCAAUUAGCAAAAACCUGAUGGAACUGCUGAGCUCAUUAUACUCACUUCUCUUUUCAGUGAAGUGCUAAUAAAAGUGCUACUAAAGGGUUAUCUUAAAGAGAUUCAGAUAGAGGAGGAAUUUUUAAAGGGACAAAGGCCCAAUUUGAAGGCAAUACAUAAUACUGCUUCUUUAAUCCACAAAAGGGGAGAGAAAUACAUUUGCUGAAUAAGUUCUGAUGUAGCAAAUUUCCCAUCUGUGCCUCAAAACUCUGAAAACUUCAACGUUUUUGACAUGCGUGAGCCAUUCUUGUUUGUGCAGUCUACUUCCUGCAGACAGGAGAAACAUGAACAUCUGGCAAAAUGACAUCCUGCGUAGCCUGGUUGAUUCCCUUCAAAUACGGUUAAAUCUCGCUUUCAUUUAUUUUUUGGUUUUGGGAACAUUUUAAAAAUUGGCUUAACAUUUGCAUGACUACUGGAUGUAAGAGCAGCUGUUAAACAAUGGGAGUUAUUCCUCAUUGGUCGCACUUUAACUGCAGGCUGGUUUAAGAUACGAUAUAUGUCCUGAACAUCUGGUUGGUGAAUUGAAUAAGCACAAUCACAAUACAAAUAUAAACCAGGUGAAAGGUUUCAAUCAGAUCAAAGGCACUGGUUUGACUAACUGAAUGGAGAGCCAAUGAGAUCCAAGAAAAAAAAGCCAAAAAAUUAAAUUUACAUGUUGGAUGUUUUCAGGACUGUUGUUAAGAGCGCGUUGAAUAGUGAGUAGUUAUGGGAAAGUAUUUCAGUUACACUUCACUGCUUUCCCACGACUCACUAAAACCAUUUGGUGUGUGGAGUUUUUUGCAUAGUCAUUAUUUUACCUAAUGUCACAUAAAGAGUCUUUCUUUAUAAAAUGUAAUAUUUUUGUUCAUUUAUGUGUCCUAUGAAUAUAUAUAUAUUUUUAUCAUUACAGUUUGAAUUUUAAAAAUUCUCAGAGAAAUGAGUUUAAAACCUAAAAAGAGAGAGGGAUGUUUUCUCACUUAAUAUAGCAACUUUAGUUUUUAAGUAAAAAGGGAAAAAAUUGUAUUUGUUAAUUUCCCCACAAAGAAAUCCCAUUUAUUGUGUCAGUUCUGCUGAAUAUGUUUCUAUGUUUGCACCACCUCUUGUUGUUUGUAUAAACUAAACAGAUUAGUUUAUGGGCUAUUCUUUCUGAUCCAUGGUGCCAUGUGGUGAUCAUGUUUUAUAAAUGUAAAGAAAACUGUAUAUUGCAUUGGGAAUAUUGUAUAUCAGUAAGGGUUGUUAUGGGUUAUGGAUGCUUUACUUUGAAUAAAUGACUUUUUGAGUAUCUCUAAUACAAAAUAUGCAAAGAAUUUUGUAUUUGUAAUUGUAGUUUCUAAUUUUUGUUGUUGUUUUAAAUGUAUUCUGGAGUUUUUGCUGUGUUUGGAGGGCGAGCAACGUCAGAAGUUGGAUUUUCCACACUGGCAAACGGGGAGCAACUGGAUGCUCGCUGAAGAAGGUAACGCUUAAAAUGAUGUCUGUAAGAGGAACUGCCAGCAAUGUCUGUGGGCAUCGUCAUGUUGAAAUUCCUGCUUCUUUUCUGGAAUGCUUUGUCCUCAAGUCUGAACCUGUCAAGACAUCUCAUAAAUCACUGAGGCGUUGCUUACUCAUACCACAGUUUUACCUCAGGCUUUACUAGGAUGACACAUCAAAGUUCGGAGUUGGCUUCUUUUCUUUUUUACCUUUAGUUUUUUAAGUUCAAGAGCACAAACCUAAAAUCAACCCCCACAAAGCUGGUGAUUAAACCUGAAAAGGUUUCUACAGGGAAUAAAAAUCCAGAACAUGACACAAACAAAGCCAUCAGUUUCUAGCAGCUCCUGCCUUUAUAUUCAUUUGUUAUGCACAAAACCUGUGAAUUGGUUUGUAACAAACGUACUCCCAAUGUUAAUGUAAACGUAUCCCACAGUCUUCUACAAAUUUUAAUCCUGCAAUUCAAUAAAAAAAAAGGUUUAUUUAACUAA